AUCCUCCCAUUGAUUUCUCGCCGUUGGUUCCGCUCGCAACUUUACUUCUCAUCAGAUCAACCCCAGCCAUGGAUUCUGAGACUGGGGACGGUAACGUCAACUACAAUGAGGUUCUGAUUCAGAUCUCUACAAAUCUCACCAACGCUCUGGGGACCUUUGGAUCAUCUUCGCCUCAAUACCAGGCUGUCCUCGAAAUGCUGAAAGAUUGCCUACGACAGAUCGAUAGGGACAAGAGCGAGAAGCCACAGGCUUUGAACCCAGAUACUCUGAGCCUGGCGCUGGGAUUCUUGGAAAUCGCGAAAUAAAGGACUCCAAUUCAACAAACCGAACAAUUCCCCUUUCAUUUGGGAGACUCUACAAGGGGAUUCUAGAAUAGGGUCAUCAUGAUUCGGCCGGGGUGGUCAUGCCUGAAUGGGCUUUAUUCUAGGUCUUGAGGUAGUUCGCGAUCGGGAUAUGAGAGAGCAACCAGUGUCCGAGCACAGUGCCCCAAACAGGAUGAAAAUAUUUACGGCACAGCCCUCGACAGGGGAUGAUCGAUAGACGUCUGUCUAUCUACUGUACCUGGGAGCAAAGAAAUCAUAGUUUGACCGGCUUAUCCGGUACCGCCAACAGCAAUUCAAGGUUCAUGAAGGUGUACUCCGUAUUCUUUGUCAAAUUCAUGGCAUCGCAAUAAUCCUAGGCAGACAUAUG